CCUUCUUCGUGGAUCUCCCUAUUUCUCACUCUGCGCCAGCGUACUUUCUCUUCUUCCUCCGUUCGAGAUGGGCGGACGCGGUCUGUGCCGUCUCGGCCAAUGCAUCUCCCGCCGCCUCGCCCGAUCUAAUCCCCGCCUCUUUGCCACCGCUCCCUUCCUUGAGCCGGCGGAACUCAAGAAGACGGCCCUCCACGACUUCCACGUCGAGCACGGCGGCAAGAUGGUGCCUUUCGCCGGGUGGAGCAUGCCUCUCCAGUACAGGGACUCGAUCAUGGAAUCCACCCUCCACUGCCGUGCCUCCGCCGGCCUCUUCGACGUGUCCCACAUGUGCGGCCUCAGCCUCCGCGGCCGCGACUGCGUUCCCUUCCUCGAGACUCUCGUCGUCGCCGAUGUGGCUGGCCUGCAGCCUGGCACCGGGACGCUCACGAUCUUCACCAACGAGCGCGGCGGCGCCAUCGAUGAUUCUGUGGUCGCCAAGGUGGGGGACGAUCACAUCUAUCUGGUGGUGAACGCCGGAUGUAGGGAUAAAGAUCUGGCGCACAUUGGCGCGCACAUGGAGGCAUUCAAGUCCAAGGGAGGGUCUGUGGAGUGGCACAUUCAUGAUGAGAGAUCGCUGCUUGCCCUUCAGGGCCCCAUGUCUGCACCGGUUCUCCAAUUGUUAACAAAGGAGAACCUAAGUAAAUUUUAUUUUGGCGAGUUCCGCACUACCAACAUCAAUGGAUCUCUUUGUUUCCUCACAAGAACUGGUUAUACAGGUGAGGAUGGUUUUGAAAUAUCAGUUCCAUCUGAGGAUGCUUUAGAUCUUACAAAGGCAAUUCUGGAGAAAUCCGAAGGUAAGGUUAAGUUGACAGGUUUAGGUGCUCGAGACAGUCUCCGCCUUGAAGCUGGCCUUUGUCUGUAUGGCAACGACAUGGAGCAAAACAUUACACCUGUUGAAGCUGGCCUUUCAUGGGCAAUUGGCAAGAGAAGAAGAGCAGAAGGUGGUUUCCUGGGCUCAGAGGUGAUCUUAAAGCAACUCCAAGAAGGUCCAGCCAUCCGGCGCGUCGGCUUCUUCUCGACAGGCCCUCCCCCUCGAAGUCACAGUGAAAUCUUUAGCAGCUCUGGGGAAAAGAUCGGAGAGGUGACCAGCGGAGGCUUCAGUCCCUGCCUAAAGAAAAACAUAGCAAUGGGCUAUGUGAAAUCAGGUUUCCACAAGGUUGGGACCGAAGCGAAGAUAGUUAUUCGAGGAAAGUCCAACGAUGGAGUUGUAACAAAGAUGCCGUUCGUGCCGACCAAGUAUUACAAACCAUCCUAGAUCACUGGAUCAUUAUGCGUUUGCAAUUUGCUUGAUUUGCCCAUUUUUCAACUGUUGCCAGCAAGCUUUAUGGAUAGCUGGUAUAAGAAUUCCAAGUUCAUGGCCUGCUGAAAUAUGCUUAGUGCUUGUAUUUGUGCGACCUCUCUAAACUUGUGAGGAGCAGGAGUCAAUAACUCAAUCUCAAUGAAGAGGCGCUGCGGUCUUCUCUGCUUAAUGCAAAUCUCAUUUUAGGGGGACAAAAAAAUGAAUGUUUGUAACUUUUAAAAAUUAGUUAUCGGACUCCGGUUUCACUUCUAUUUA